AGUUCCUUGCCUAGUUUAGUCGGCCAUGCUGGCUACUCUGUGGCUGGUUGGUCUUUCUCUUCCCGUGCUGUGGGCCCAGAGACUAAUCAGCUGUCCCUACAAGAAUGUGUGUCAGUAUGCCCUGCUCUCAGGCAGUGACGUGAUACUGCAGUGUAACUAUCCCAAAGCACUUUGGUAUUUUUCUUCAUCUUUAGAGGACAGACUGUCCCUGGUCAGCUCCAAGCCUGAUGGGAGGGUACUGCCUGGGAGCGACCUGCAGUUGUCUGACCCUAAGCCUUCCCAGACAGGCCUCUACCGCUGCCUGGAUAAUCACAAGGCCCGUUUAGUAGAAUAUGAGAUUGACUUCCAGAACAUAGCCCUGUUGCACAUCACUCACAAAGACCUGGGCCAAGAGCCCAUGGGAAAUGAGAGCAUGAACCUGGGAGGCAAGGUUCUUGUUUUUACCCGCUGGGAUCCUUGGCAAGACUGUAACCGUUGCCAAAAGCCCGGUGAGCGCAAACGUCUAGGCUACUGCUAUGUGGAGGAGCCCCAAGAAAAGCCCAUGCCUUGCUGGCUCUACCUGAGAGAAGAGAAGGUGACCAACAGCCGCCUGAGGCCUGAACUCCAGGUACAAGCCUGCCAGGUGCCCUGCGACACCACCACGGAGACCAGCCAGCCAUACUUCGUCUUUGACACAUAUCUGCUGGACAAACCCAACAGCAAUGCUCGACUCAAGUGUCCCUUGGCUUCCAUCUACAGGCCUGUCCACUGGGAAGCUGACAACAGCCCUCUGACAUGGCAGGACCAGCUCUCUGGCCAGGUCAGCACCAUCAUGGACCUGCACAGCGGUGGCCAGCACCUGAAGGUCUUCCAGCCAGCCACUUACAGAUGUUUUGUGGAGCAGGAGCUCAUAGCCCAGUUCAACCCCACUGAGAGACAAUCCAAAGCCCAGAAGCCUUGGCAGGCCAGAAUCCAGCCAGACAAGGCAGACUCCGUUCUUAGGAGACUGAAGUUGAUGCUGCUGAGUAUCUCUGUACUGGCCAUUGGAGGGCUUCUCUGUAAGGUGGGUUUCCGUCCUGUCUGCGGCAAGAAGAGGAGUCAGGUCCUCCUGGUGAAAUAAACUGAGCCUUCUGUAGCCAAGAGGACCCAGUAUCUCUCCACUGUCCCAUCCUUAGCUCUGGCCAUCCAUAAGCGGCACCACACGAGCUACUGGAGGUGUGUGAGCCAACAUAGACCUGGAUUAAGAUCUAGUGGCUGCUUCACUCUUUGUUCUAUGCCCCUGCUCGGCUUACCUAUUGAUCACCCCCAUUGUACAGAUAGGAAAACCGAGGGAAGUCUGUCUAGUGAUUGGAGAUUUGGAAUUCUCGGGUUCCUCAGGAGGAGAAAGGGAAGGAGGGAACCUUCUCAGGGUGUGUGGUGUGACUUUCUCUGGGCAGGUGUGAACAACCAUCUGUUCUUCCCAGAUCAGACACUAAUGACAGACUAAAGAAAUGACUACAUGAAA